GGAAGCAAUAAACCUUUCUUCAAAUUAUUCUUUUUUUUCUAUUUUCUAACAUGGUAUCAGAGCUAUAAGCUCCUGGUUCUUUUCUCUUAUCAUCGCUGUUGGGUUUUUUGGAGUUGGAUUUUCAAUUCCAUUCCAGAUCUAAAAUUUUGUCGUUGGGAUCUCUUCUCCUACAGAUUGGAUUGUUUAUCCUCAAUUCUCAAGCCCUUUCUGAGGUAUUUUAUUGGUUUGUUAUUUCAAUCUGGGCAUUUAUUUCUUUAUAUUUUUAGAGUUUUUCAGUAUUAUGAGUUUACUGAUUCUAUGGCGAGUUUUGAAAGGAUUGUAACUCAUCCUACUACUGCUAUGGUUGCCAAAGAAGUGAUAGAACAACCUAAUGUCAACCUUGAAUCCCUAAAAUAGGUAAUAUUAAAUCUUUUUAAUGCUCCUACUACCUUAUCUACUGCUCUGGGUACCAAACCUUGGUAUUUCAAUUCUGGUUGUUGUAACCAUAUGUCUUCAAUUGCUGCUCAUUUCUCUUCAAUGUCACCUAAUAAUUCCUUUCCUGAUAUUUAUUCUGCUGAUGGUUCCCCUAUGAAUAUUAGUCACAUUGGCAAUGUUUCUACAAAGUCAUUGACUUUACCAAAUGUCGUUUUAGUUCCAAAACUUAGUUAUAAUCUUCUAUCUGUUGGUCAAUUCUAUGAUCUUGGUCUUGAAGUAACAUUCUCUGCUCAUGGUUGUCGUGUGCAGGACCCAUGGACAGGACAACUUCUUGGAACUGGUCGCAAGCAACCAACUUUAUCUUUUUCGAGUAGUCAUUCUCAUUCUACUGCUCUUUUUGAUCUCGUGCAUUCUGAUGUUUGGGGUCCAUCUCCUACACCCACCAUGGGGGGUACAUCUGAUGAGCUCUACAAUACCUCACCACAUGCUCCAACUAGUUCUGUAGAAGAUGAUCUGCCUACUGGUAAUGCAUUAGAUAAUUUUGAGCCUUCUUCUACUUUCUCGUCUGUAUCACUUGUUGAUUCUACAAAUGAGCUUGUUGUCCCAUCCUCGAGUCAUCCUACUCGGGUAAGAAACCCUCCCAACUACCUUCGUGAUUAUCAUUGUUUUCUUGCUAUUACUUCAUUACAUGAGCCUCAAUCUUAUCAAGAGGCCUCUUUUAACCCUCUUUGGCAACAAGCUAUGCAAGAUGAAUUACAAGCUCAUGAGAACACUCAUACAUGGGCUUUAGUUGAUCUCCUUGCUGAAAAAUCUCUAAUAGGCUGUAAAUGGGUGUACAAGAUCAAAACACGAUCUGAUAGUUCUGUGGAGCGUUAUAAGGCACGCUUGGUUGCUAAGGGUUUUACACAAGAGUAUGGAAUCGACUAUGAAGAGACAUUUGCUCUAGUUGCUCGUCUUACAUAUGUUGAAGCAAUCCCCUCAAGCCUGGUAUGCAAAGUUAGUGCUACUGUGAAUGAGUUUGGUUUUACUUCCAGUCCACAUGAUACAGUUUUGUUCAUUCGUAAGACUGCUCAGGUGACCUCUUCAAACGAUGGCUACCUAUUUUCCCAAGUAAAGUAUACCUCCGAUCUUGUUUAUAAAGCUGAACUCACUGAUGGUAAGAGUGUUUCUACAACUCUUGAACCUAAUGUCAAGCUUACACCUAUGGAUGGCUCUCCACUUUCUUAUCUUACUCGCUAUCGUCAGUUUAAGGCUACUCCUCGCUUCACUCAUUAUGCAGCAGUACUUCGCAUUAUUCACUAUGUUAAUAGAACAUUAUUUCAUGGACUCCAUUUUUUUGCCAACUACUCCUCUGUGCUUCGCGCUUACUCUGAUGUUGAUUGGGCUGGUGAUCCUUCUGAUCGUAAGUCUACCACUAGUUAUUGUCUUUUCCUUGGUAAUUCUCUUAUCUCUUGGCGGAGUAAGAAACAAACUAUUCCAUAUCGCUCUAGUACUGAAGCUGAGUAUAGAGCUCUUUGGGAUACCACAUCAGAACUUCUUUCAUUACGGUGGCUUCUUGAAGAUAUGAGCAUUCCUCAACCUUCUUCUACUAAUUUAUAUUGUGAUAAUCAAAGUGUUAUGCAGAUUGCUCCUAAUGAUAUCUUUCAUGAAUGCACUAAACACAUUGAGGUUGAUUGUCACUUUAUUCGCCAUCAUGUUGCACAAGGAACUGUUCAUUUGGUUUUUAUUGGCUCCACGGAUCAACCAGUAGAUCUUUUUACCAAGGCUCAUUUUCCUGGACACUUUCGUACUCUUCUUUCCAAACUCAAGUUGGUUUCAUCACAACCACCUUGAGUUUGAGGAGGGAUGUUAAGAUAUGAACACAAUUAUAUUUAGAAUUAUUGUAAAUAUUUUAUACUUUAAAAUAUUAUCUUUGUAUAAUUUAUACUUUAGAAUAUUCUCUUUGUAAACACAUAUAUAUAGGUCAUUGUACAUACAGUAUGAUUCAAGAAAGCAAUAAACCUUUCUUCAAAUU